GCGAAGGGGAGUGACGCAGUUAUUGUAGAUGCAUAGAUACUCCAUGCUUUCCUUCAUAUGACACGAAAUCAUAAUUUUUUUUUCCCAUCCAGCUUUUGGUCGUAGAAAUUCAUCCCCAAAACACGUUUGAGGAAGAGGGACUCCCGUCGUCACCUGGGGGCUUGUAUGACGGAUUUCGACGCCCUCUGAAUUUUGGAUGCCAUUCCAGUUGGAGGUUGCGGUAGACCCCGAGGAGCGGAUGCGAUAACCAGGACGAAAACAUGCCGCAGCCCAAAUCACGGAAAAUCGCCAUCCUCGGGUACAGAUCCGUAGGAAAGUCUUCCUUGACGAUUCAGUUUGUGGAAGGGCAGUUUGUGGACUCCUAUGACCCAACAAUAGAAAACACAUUUACUAAAAUGAUCACAAUAAAUGGACAAGAGUACCACCUUCAGCUGGUAGACACAGCAGGACAGGAUGAAUACUCCAUCUUCCCACAGACUUACUCCAUAGAUAUCAAUGGUUACAUUCUGGUCUAUUCCGUUACAUCUAAUAAAAGCUUUGAGGUCGUACAAGUUAUCCAUGAAAAACUGUUGGACAUGGUGGGAAAAGUUCAAGUUCCAAUUAUGCUUGUCGGAAACAAGAACGACCUACAUAUGGAGCGAGUAAUCAGUUGCGAGGAGGGAAAAGCAUUAGCUGAAUCCUGGAAUGCAGCCUUCAUGGAGUCCUCAGCUAAAGAGAACCAGACAGCCGUGGAGGUUUUCCGAAGGAUGAUCCUGGAGGCAGAGAAGAUGGAUGGCGGCGUGCAGCCGGGAAAAACCUCCUGCUCCAUGAUGUAAAGCCGCCCAAUCAACACAUAGAACACUGCACUGGGAUAUCCCGUUACUUGAAGGCUAGCUGCCAGUUCUCCACCUCAGCUGACUCCACCCCCAGGGUCCUAAAUAUCCAAUACUGUCUAUUUAUGGCUCUGAUUCCACUGUUAUUUAUCAGUAUUUCCUAUUCCCUUUGGUCAUCCUCAUUUUUCUUUGUGCGUCUAAUGAAAAAAAAAAAAAAGGAUGAGUGCUAGCUCCUUUGUCUCAUAUUUCCCACAAUCCACCCCUCCAUCAAUGUGCCCAGCACCGAUGCAAAACGUCAAACAGUGUAUGGAUAUGUAUCAGAAAAAAAGGCUGUGUUUUUUUCCCCUCACUAAACCGGCAACACCUCUAUCUAGGAGCCGAGAUAGUAGUGAUUCGAUGCAUCUUAGCUUCUCUUUGUGCAGCUUCCAUAUGAGCUACAGACUGCUCCCUGUUGGGAACAUACAGGAUUAGAGAAUUGUCGCGUCUGCCAUGCAUGAGCCCUGAAAACUGUUCGGUAAACACAGACGUUUCUUCUGAUGCAUCACCAGCUGUUUGGGUCCUCCAGUAAACGGCUCUUUUUCUACUUCACCACAUCGCGGCACCCUCUCUGUCCCUCAGUUUGUUUCAAAGCGGUUACCGUCAGCCAAAACAAAUCUGCAUCCAUUUUCUAAUGUUGAAAAUGUUGUACAAAUGUUUUUGAUUGUAAUCAUUAAAGCGAAAAGUGGUUAUGUAAGCUGGCUGCUUUGUGGAUUAUCUUUAUUGUCGUGUUUGCCAUGAAGAAAAGCAGCUCAAGUUAGUUUAGUGGCAGUUUCCUGGGGUCCUUUUGAUUUAAAAGUGCUUGCCAACGGAAGGCUGAAAACCAGAAACUAAAUGUGUGAAACCAAAAUAAUAUUAGAAAAAUGUGUAAGCUAAACAAACCAGGAAAAAUACAUUAGAACCAAUGAAAACUGACCCAGAUGGACAGAAUAUCUGACCGAUUAUGACAGAAACUAGAGAGGUUAAACAGAGGAGGGUAAUUAGUGAAUGAGAAGUAGCUGUGACAGUUAACACGAGAAGGGAGUAGAACCCACAACCUGACUGGGAAGCACUGAGGAGACUAAGAGUGAAUAUGGGAAGACACAGUACAUAGAGACAAGGAUCCGGAAAGAAACGAAGAACAUAGAAGCAAGGGAAAGAUCAACCAAGGAAGAAACUCAGAGGUAAAGUCACAACAAAAAUGUACUAAACUACACAACAUUCAAGUGCACAAUCCAUAACCUAUGACAGAAGCACCGUUUCAGUUCAUGUCGUCUUUUUGCUUCCGAGUCCUGUCUUGGAUAAGGUAACCGUUAGCAUCAUU